UCGAUUGAACCAUAUUCACCAGAUGUCUCGUCGAAACAAAACGUGUAGGGGCAUUUCAAUAUACGUUAGAUAUCCGUGUCUGACAUUCUGUGCACAAUAGCCCAUUGCAACUUACCUCACUUUGCAUGGGAUAUAUCUAAACAUAGGCAUAUCAUGGCGGCCAUAUUGUGGGAUGCGUAGGCUACUCUCGGUGAGGAGGAGGAGGCACGCCAACUGUGAAAGCUUUGGUAUUCCUCGGCCACUUGGGUGUCUUUUGUCAUGUAGCCUAGCCUUAUUCCAAUCUCUACCGGUUCCGGUUUAAAGGUUUUUGUUAGUCAUUGCUGAUAUCCAUUAUUCUUUUCUGACCCAUAUACAUAUAUUUUUGACGUGUUUUCCCAAUGAUUUGGUGAUAUAGGAUAUUCAGUUUGACAGAAGGAGUUUAUAAGGCUACUUUAAUGCAGCCUAUUAUUUACCAUUUCUUGGCGGAGGCUAAGUUAUAUGAAAACGGGAUGGGACCGACCGUGAUUUCAAGUUUUGUAUAGGUUAACAAAACCACUUGGACUACCCUGAAUCCGUAACUGGAGUUCGGCUGUGUCGACAACGUAUGUAGCCUAACCUCCAAUAAAGGAAAUUGUUUUUCCAAAAGGCUUGACUAUGGGUUGUGUCAAGAGCAAAGAGGACAAGGGCCCUGGGACAAAGUACCGGCCCGCUGACUCCAACUCCACCACUUUGAGCCCACACAUGGGCCACUAUGGUCCAGACCCCACCCAGAUGGGCCAGUCGCCGGCCCUCAAGGGCCCUGUCAACAGCUACAACAGUCACCCCAGUGUCCUCACCCCCUUUGGAGGUUCCUCCAACUCCAACGUCAUCACUCCAUUCGGUGGGGCGUCGUCCUCCUUCUCCACGGUUGCUGUGAGCAAUCCCUUUCCAGGUGUUGUCACAGGUGGUGUGACAUUCUUUGUGGCCUUAUACGACUAUGAAGCCAGGACGUCAGAUGACCUUUCAUUUAAGAAGGGCGACCGCUUUCAGAUCAUCAACAACACAGAGGGCGACUGGUGGGAGGCGCGUUCUAUCAACACGGGGAAGAAGGGCUACAUUCCCAGCAAUUACGUGGCUCCAGCCGAUUCCAUCCAGGCGGAAGAAUGGUACUUUGGGAAGAUGGGCCGCAAGGACGCCGAGAGACUGCUCCUAGUCCCUGGGAACCAGCGAGGCACUUUCCUGGCGCGAGAGAGCGAGACGACGAAAGGAGCGUUCUCGCUGUCCAUACGGGACUGGGACGAGGUGAAGGGGGACAAUGUGAAACACUACAAGAUCCGCAAGCUGGACAACGGAGGCUACUACAUCACUACCAGAGCCCAGUUUGACACACUACAGAAACUCGUGAAGCAUUAUACUGAGCAUGCCGAUGGCCUGUGCCACAGGCUGACAACUGUAUGCCCGACAGUGAAGCCCCAGACCCAGGGCCUGGCCAAGGACGCCUGGGAGAUCCCGCGGGAGUCCUUGCGGCUGGAGGUCAAGCUGGGACAGGGCUGCUUCGGAGAGGUGUGGAUGGGCACCUGGAACGGCACAACCAAGGUGGCCAUUAAGACCCUGAAGCCGGGCACCAUGUCCCCAGAAGCCUUCCUGCAGGAGGCCCAGAUCAUGAAGAAGCUGCGGCACGACAAGCUGGUGCCCCUCUACGCCGUGGUGUCCGAGGAGCCCAUCUACAUCGUCACCGAGUACAUGGGCAAAGGGAGUCUGCUGGACUUCUUGAAGGAGGGAGAGGGCAAAUAUCUAAAGCUGCCUCAGCUGGUGGACUUGGCCGCACAGAUUGCAGACGGCAUGGCUUUCAUCGAGAGGAUGAACUACAUCCACAGAGACCUGCGGGCAGCUAAUAUCCUCGUCGGGGACAACCUCGUGUGCAAGAUCGCUGACUUUGGCCUGGCCAGACUGAUCGAAGACAAUGAAUACACCGCCAGACAAGGAGCCAAAUUCCCCAUUAAGUGGACGGCCCCUGAGGCCGCCCUGUACGGUCGCUUCACCAUCAAGUCAGACGUCUGGUCCUUUGGCAUCCUGCUGACGGAGCUGGUGACCAAGGGCAGAGUGCCAUACCCAGGCAUGGUAAACCGGGAGGUGCUGGAGCAGGUGGAGCGAGGCUACCGGAUGCCCUGCCCGCAGGGCUGCCCCGAGUCCCUGCACGAGAUGAUGCGGAACUGCUGGAAGAAGGAUGCGGACGAGCGGCCCACCUUCGACUACCUCCAGUCCUUCCUGGAGGACUACUUCACGGCCACCGAGCCGCAGUACCAGCCCGGGGACAACCUGUAAGAGCGCCCAGCGCAGGGGUCACCACCACCACCCCAAACAUGGAGGAGAGGGAGCGGCUUGGUGCAGUGAUGCCA